AUGGGUGCAAUCGAGGAUGCAUUUAACUAUUUGAAUUUCUUGGGAGAAGAUGAACAGAUUAAUUUCACUUUAGUCGCAAAAAUGUAUGGUGUUGAUCGGACCACGCUCUCGAGAAGAUACCGAGGCGUUACGGGCUCGAAAGAAGCGCAUUACGAUAAUCAACGAUUACUCAACGACCACCAAUCCAAAAAGCUUAUACAAUGGAUAGAAAUGCUCUGCGAAAAAGGCCUGCCACCUACUCCCUAUAUGAUUGCAAAUUUUGCGCAUGAGUUAACUGAUAGUAAGCCUGGAAAGAACUGGGCUUCUCGCUGGUUAAACAAGCAUCCAAAUGCGUUGAUAUCUCGCUAUUCUACAGGCAUCGACCGCAACCGAAAAAGAGCAGGUUGCGCUUGGAGUUAUGCUCUCUAUUUUGAGCUUAUAAGUCGCAAGAUUGAGCAAUAUAAUCUUCAGCCAAAUCAAAUUUACAAUAUGGAUGAGAAGGGCUUUGCGAUUGGGAUUAUGACAAGUCAAAAAAGAGUCUUUUCUCGGCGAUUAUAUGAGAAGAAGUUCAAGCAAUUUCUUCAAGAUGGGAAUAGGGAGUGGAUUACUACAAUUGCUUGUAUUUGCGCAGAUGGAACUGUUAUCUCUCCAGCUUUGAUCUAUAUGGCCAAAUCCGGUAAUCUACAGGAUUCCUGGUUUCAAGAUCUUACUACGCAAAGAUGCUACUUUGCAGCUUCUGAAACAGGAUGGACAAAUAGAAGUUUUUGA